CGCUCGUCUCGUCGCUCCGACGACGAGGGGUGUAAAAGAUCUGUCCCGAUUCCCAAGCGCUCCGCUCUCGCGGCGUCGCUUUCGCCGGACACCACCACCUGCCGCUUUCCCCUCCCAUUCCCACUCGCACCACCGCUCCCAUCCUCGCCCCGCCCGGACCCCAGCGCCCCGAUUGGGCCAUCCAUCCGCCUCCGCCUGAUUGGCCCCGGGCACCAGCACGCCCGCACGCCCGCACGCCCGCAGCAUUUGAUUCCCUCCCGCACUGUCUCCCUCCCUCUAUCCCCCGACGAGCGCGGCGCACCUGCGACGAGCGGCCGGGUCCCGGUCGCGGCGGGGACGGCGGCUGCUGAGCUCUUCCGUGCCGUACUCUCAUGAUGUACCAUGCUAAGAAGUUUUCUGUGCCCUUUGCACCACAGAGGGCUCAGAAUAGUGAGCAUGUAAGUAACAUUGGAGCUUUCGGUGGAUCCAACAUAAGCAACCCUGCUAAUCCUGUAGGGAGUGGCAAACAACGUCUAAGAUGGACCUCUGAUCUCCAUAGUCGUUUUGUGGAUGCAAUCGCCCAACUUGGUGGACCAGAUAGAGCAACACCUAAAGGAGUACUGACUGUAAUGGGUGUACCGGGGAUUACAAUUUAUCACGUGAAGAGCCAUUUGCAGAAGUAUCGCCUUGCAAAGUACAUACCAGAAUCUCCUGCUGAAGGUAAAUGCCCUUCUAUGCUUCAUUGCCUUCCUAGCACACUCCCCUUCUUGCCUUCCUUCAUACCGAGAAUGCUUUGGUUUUCUAAAGUGGCAGCUGGUGUAGGUUCCAAGGACGAAAAGAAGGAUUCUAGUGAUUCAUUCUCUAAUGCAGAUUCUGCACCGGGUUCACAAAUCAAUGAAGCAUUGAAGAUGCAAAUGGAAGUUCAGAAGCGGCUCCAUGAACAACUCGAGGUUCAAAAGCAGUUGCAGCUGAGAAUCGAAGCACAAGGGAAGUACUUGCAGAUGAUCAUAGAGGAGCAGCAAAAGCUUGGUGGCUCACUUGAAGGUUCUGAGGAGAGGAAGCUUUCACAUUCACCACCUACCUUAGAUGACUACCCUGACAGCAUACAGCCUUCUCCGAAGAAACCACGGUUGGAUGAUCUGUCAACAGAUGCGGUCCGGGGUGUUACACAGCCAGGGUUUGAAUCCCAUCUUAUUGGCCCAUGGGAUCAAGAACUCUGUCCGAAGACCAACAUAUGCGAUCCUGCAUUCCAAGUGGAUGAGUUUAAGGCAAACCCUGGUUUGAGCAAGUCAUAAAGCAAAGCCUUCCUUACAAAGGAAACACUUCUGAGCUAUUAACCUCCACGGAUGGCCGAUCGCAUGUGAAUAUAUAUCGUCUUAACAACAGAAUGAGCGCUGUUUGGACCUUCAGAUCUGCCCCAACCCCUUCAGUCACGACUAAGUGUUGUUGUCGUUGUCGUAUUUCGCCAUACAGAUCUUUGUAAUUAUGAGGGUGUUUCUAAAGUCCCCAGUUAGCAAUCCCCUUCUUUUGAAGGAUAAUCCUCAACUGAAACAUGUAGCAAGAAACAGAGCACGCUUACACGCAAUACCAAGGCCCUAAAGCUACAUGAAAGCUAUCUGGUAGUUGUACAUUUCUGUUUAGUUCAGUCAUUGAAUCUGCUUACCUUA